GUCCCUCGCUUCAGUGCACGGAAUGGCGGAGAAACAAACAUACAGUGCUUGCGUUUAGUUUGCUUUUUUGUUUUUAUGACGUCAUUGUUCAUCGAAAUUUAUUUGGACCUAAAUUGAAAUAGUCAAGAGGGCAGAGUUCACGUGUGCAGCACGGAGCAGAUAUCCCAUGUGGUAAUGUCGAUAAAACCAGUGUGGUCCUAGGAACAUGGCGAAGUAGAAAUGGAAGGUGAUCGUAACUUCCAAUUUCAAUAAUUUUAACAAAAAAAUGAGGGUGUAGCACGAAAGUUUGAAUGCUUGUGUCUUGCAAAAAGAAAAGAAGAAAGAAAAGUAGUAAUACAAAGAGAGUUCUUUACCUAAAGUAGGAAACCUCAGCCUGCGGUCCUCCAGGCCCUCACGUGCGGGCCCCCUACAUUUCGUUUAAAUCCUAAACCUGGUGAUGAUCAUAAGAAAACUAGAAGGUCUCUGAUUCCAUAACGUUGGUAUGUCAGAGCAGCGCGAAGUGUAAGCAUUGAUUUGUUGGCGGUGGUAGGGAAGAUCGCCACUCACUGGAAUUCAAGAGAAUAUAGUGCAACAUGGGGACGUAUUCCUAUAUCCACAGCGAAGGAAGAAAACCGGAUCAGUCGCCUCCCCACCCAACGGUGCACGGGAUCUCGUCUCCGCGACCCAUCGUUGUGCUGUGUCCAGCUCGCUUGCCUUCAGAUAAAGGCGUCCAUCCCCUCCACCUGGCAGCCUCAAGGGGCGACGUGUACGAGGUGGCCGAGCUCCUUCGCAAGGGAGCAAACCCACACGCCAGUAACCAGCGAGGCUUCAGGGCACUGCACUUCGCUGCUGAGGGAGGCUUCGUGGAGGUGGUGAAGCUGCUCACACAUUAUGGAGCAUGCGUGGGAGCCCCCACCAAUGACGGUUUGCUCGCGGUACACCUGGCAGCAAAGAAUGGUCACGUGCAAAUACUGGAGCAGCUACAGAAACUACACUGCGACCUAACUUCUCGAGACCAUUCCCAAGCCACACCGCUCCACUACGCGGCUCAGCACGGUAAGCUGAAGGCCGUGGAGUGGAUGAUCAAGACUAAGGUUCCUCUCGAUAGCAAGGACAAUGAAGGAAAGACCGCAGCGGACCGAGCAAAAGAAAAAAGGUACCUUGAAGUGGUCAAAGUCCUCGAUGUGGCCAUCUCGAAACAAACGAAGAAACCACCAUUUACCAUCCCCCGGCCCACUCCCAUAUCAGCAGUCUUUGGGAGUGAUGUAACGCCUCCUCCACAACAAGCGCCAUCGCCAGUCAAUUAUCGUCGGUCUGUUACCUCUCAGCAUGCCUCUUCAACCAGCCAACAGCAUAUUCUCUCACCAACACUAAUAUCUCAAACACGAACGCCUCCAAUAAUCUAUUCUAUACUUAAAGACACUGAGUCCACUCGUAUUCCUUCACCAGAACAGAUUGAAUCCACUCCUGUCCCUUCACCUGAACAGACUGACUCCAUUCCUAUUCCUUCCCCACCACCUCUUUUCCCAUCUUACAUUCCUCCCCUCACUGACUCAACCGUGCCAACUCUCUAUACAGAAGAAAAAAAGAAGCAAAAAAAGGAGAACAAAAAGAAACGUAUGGGAGCUCUGUUGAAGAGCUCCCUUGUCUACUGUACAUGCUACAAGAGAAAUGAAAUCUUGGAGACUGAGUUGAGAGAGACGCACACGGAUAAUGGCAUGAUUACUGACAGUCGCAUAAUUGGCAUCGGUAGUGAAAAACAUCCUAUUACCGAGUUACCUCUUGAUGGAUUCCCCCGGCAGGAGAGCUCAAUCAUGGAACUGCAGGUGCGGCCAGCGGUGCAACCGUGCCCAAAUGGACCUAGUGUAUAUCCCUGUCACUCCAAUCCGCGCGGCCGAGUUCUCAUCCUGAACAACAAAUCCUUCACAGGUGAUCAAUAUCCCUGCAGGUCUGGAUCAGAAUGUGACACUGUCAAUCUGGAAAGAGUCUACCAUCAGAUGGGGUACGAGGUGGUUACUCGCUAUGAUCUUUCCCGAGCAGCCACGUUAGAGUUUUUCAGCAAAGAGAGCCAAAAUUCGAAGCUGUCCCACGUUUCCUCUCUGUUUGUGUUUGUCAUGAGUCAUGGAGACGGCCCCCGUACAUUCAUAACACACGACACGGACACCGUAACCAUUGACGAGGUAAUGAAUUUCUUCCUUAGCAAUAACUGCCAUUUUUUAAGUGGAAAGCCUAAGAUCUUUUUCAGCCACUUUUGUCGGGGGGAAGACGAAGAGAUUCGACCUACGCUUUUCCCGGAAGCCAAAAGGGAAGCCUACAGAGACAUGCUUUGUAUCUUUUCGUCCACGUCAGGUUUUCAAGCGUACAGGCACCCCACCUUGGGUACACCGUCAGUCCGUGCCUUUUGCAAGGCAUUGGCAGAUCACGCACACUGCAAGAUGCUGUUUGAAUUGAUCAGGGAAUUUCAGACGCUUUUCGAGAAAAUGGAAGGAGCAUCGUCUCCAGAAGUUCAAAACCUAAGUUUUUCAAAAGACUUGUUUCUUAACCCAAUAGGCACAAGAUUAUAAAUCCUGCGCGAUAGUAAGGAUGUUGUCAAGGAAGUUUAGAAUUCACGUCUAGAGGCAUGCAUGGUUGUGGUGUUUUGUCUUUAAAAUUUGCCAUACGCUUCUUUAUUUUGUAUUGAAAGUGUGAAGAUGUAACUAAAUCAGUAGCAUUAAAUAUACAUUGUAUAAUCAAGACACCUUCCAGUGAUAUAAAGAACAAAUUGUAAUGAUUAUUCAGUUAACUUACCUUCCACGUGCAUCCAAUCUUUGAGAUGGAGAACCACUGUUAAUGCUUUAAUCGUCAAAAUGUGCAUGUCUCUUUGCAAUAACAGCUGCAAUAUUACAAGAACUGGCGGAGGAACAAAUGAGAAAAUCGAGAGUGAAUGAGACCAAGAAUAAAUUAAUUAAUUCCGUGAGGUUGGUAGAUGUUGGAAGGAUGAAUAUAGUUUUGAAUGGUAAGUUGUUUGAGGAGUUUGGAGUGCUUCAUGCACCUGUGGUCGCAUGUUGUUAUAGACAGAUAAAUAGAUGUAGAGAUGACGUUCAGAAUUAAUUAAGCAGUAAUGUGUGGUGGGGGUGGGAGAGGAAUGAAUAGGGUGUUAGGGAGCAGAUCGUUUGGAGUGAAUGCAAGGAAGAAAAUUGCAUGAAGAGAUGGUGAUGCCGAAACAUAGAACACAGAGAGGAGAGAAGAAGGAUUCCAAUGUAAUGAAGAUGAGAAACAUUAAUUUUGUUGAGUGACAUGUAUGCGUCAAGUUAGAAACGUAAUGUGAAGGAAAAAUUAUCCUGAACGAAAACUGGCUGAAAGAUUGUUUAUUGUGUCUGGACGUGUAGUGAGGAUGAAGGAAAAGCACUAGCGAAAAAAAAAUAACUAGACCGGAUACGAGGAGUCUGAGGUUUGGGGGGAGAGACGAAUAACGGGAUGGAUAGACAGCAACGGGAGUGUUAGAUGAAAGAGUGAUGUCUGUGGAGCAAGGAAGAAUGGCGCCGCGUGAUAGUAAUGUACAGGGAACAGUUUAAGUGUAUAUUAUGGCAGAAGGCAGGGCGUCGUUCGCCGGACGAGGGGCGCACACACACACACACACACACACACAAACACACACACACACACACACACACACACACACACACACACUCACAGGUCGCUUUAUGACAUAUGAUUAUGAACAGUGCGCGUCGGACUGCUGUGUUAACAACGUGGCUCCAUUGUGACAUUGUCCGACACUGACUUGAUGGCUGCAUGUGUAGUGUUUGGUGGCCAGAUCCUUGUUUUAGCUUCUUGCUGCACCUUUUAUGUUGUGACAUCAUGGAAAUGUAGAAAAAUAAUAAUAAUGAAAACAAUAAUAAUC